CUCAUCACAUCCAUCUUUUUUCACGGAGCAUUGGGGCGUAUGGCGGACCCAUGGCCUGUGAUGAGAGCUGCUUUGACGCCGAGCUGCACUUGCAGGGUCGUGCAGCACCAGAGUUCCACCCGGUCAGCUCCUGUCGGCCGGGGCAGGCAGAAGCUGCCUGGCGGCUCGUGCGGCCCCGCGGGGCUGGAGACUUUACGGCGGGAAGGCUGCAGGCCAUGUGCCAAGGCCUCCCUGCGCCCCUGGCAGCCUUCGAGCCCCGAGAGCCACUGCAACCACCACAGCUGCGGGUGCAGUGGAUGGGUGCCACUGGGUGGGGCGCCGUUGCCGCGGAGGCGCUUCUUCCCGGCGGCUUCGUGUGCUUCUACGCAGGGGAGCUACUCGCGGAUGCCGAGGCGGAAGCCCGUUGCACGGCACCGGGCCGAGACGCGUAUUUGUUCAACCUCACCACGGCGAAGCAGUGCCGCAAGCUGGGCGCCGAGGUGGUAAGCACUGGUGACGAAGACAACCCGGUGUAUGUGAUUGAUGCCUACGUCAAAGGCAACGUGGGCCGCUUUCUGAACCACGCCUGCGGGCCUUCAUUUGAAGCAAACGUCAGCCCCAUCUACCUAUUUGGGCCAGAGGAUGUCGUGGACGCUCGGCUUCCUCGCGUGGCCUUCUUUGCGAACCGCUCGAUUGCCCCUGGCGAGGAGCUGCGGUAUGACUACGGAAUGCCCCCCGAGGCAGUACUGAGCCCCUCCGGGGGCGUGCGUCAUCAAAGCUGCCUUUGCGAAAGCCGUGCAUGCCGUGGCCGGAUUUACUGAAAUGCACAAGUGCCCGCUCGACACAUGAGCCAAAAGGGGCAUUCAGGUCAGCUUGGCUGAAAUGGAUUCCAC